AUGUAUUCAAUUUGGGGUGUCAGAGUUAAAUCAGAAGAAAAGAUAUUGCUUGGCGUAGAGGCGUCGAGGCGCCAGUUCUUAGAUGCCAUUAGGGCAUCUUACGAAAUGAUAGAAAUAUGGCUCAGUCAUCUCAUGAGUGACUGUAAUAGUUUGAAGAUUGUUUUUUUGGUAUGGGCUAAAAUUUUUAUCGUAAGAGACCACUAUGUAGAAGUAGUUAGAGAACCUAACGCAGAGAUCCAAUCGAAUGAUCUGGAUUUGUUUAUACAAGAUAUUAAUUUCAGUGAUUCGGAGUCUUCGAGCUGCGAAUCUGAAAUAUCGUCGGCCGAAAAUGAACACACAUCUGAUAUAUAUUUUGAUGAUGGUGAAUUUAAUGACUAUUCAUCAAUAUAA